AUGAGAUUUUCAUUUUCAUUUCUAUUUUUCGUCCUCCUGGCUCAAAUUUUGGCCAAAACAAGCGCAAAAGAACUUCCUCCACUAAAAUGUAAAUUUCGGAAUGAACAUUGCGAGAGACUUCCAACAGCAUAUGCCACAUGGUGUGCGGAACAGGAAAAAAUCAAUGCGUAUAAGUAUAGAAAUUGUUUGGUGACUGAGUUAUCCGAACUUGAAUGA